AUGCAGAUUUUCGUGAAGACAUUGACUGGUAAAACGAUCACUUUGGAAGUCGAACCGAGUGACACCAUUGAGAAUGUGAAGGCUAAGAUCCAAGAUAAAGAAGGAAUUCCACCCGAUCAACAGCGUCUGAUCUUUGCUGGGAAGCAGCUGGAAGAUGGUCGUACAUUGUCUGAUUACAAUAUCCAGAAAGAGUCCACUCUUCACUUGGUGUUACGUCUUCGUGGUGGUAUGCAGAUUUUUGUGAAGACAUUGACUGGUAAAACGAUCACUUUGGAAGUCGAACCGAGUGAUACCAUUGAGAAUGUGAAGGCUAAGAUCCAAGAUAAAGAAGGAAUUCCACCCGAUCAACAGCGUCUGAUCUUUGCUGGGAAGCAGCUGGAAGAUGGUCGUACAUUGUCUGAUUACAAUAUCCAGAAAGAGUCCACUCUUCACUUGGUGUUACGUCUUCGUGGUGGUAUGCAGAUUUUUGUGAAGACAUUGACUGGUAAAACGAUCACUUUGGAAGUCGAACCGAGUGAUACCAUUGAGAAUGUGAAGGCUAAGAUCCAAGAUAAAGAAGGAAUUCCACCCGAUCAACAGCGUCUGAUCUUUGCUGGGAAGCAGCUGGAAGAUGGUCGUACAUUGUCUGAUUACAAUAUCCAGAAAGAGUCCACUCUUCACUUGGUGUUACGUCUUCGUGGUGGUAUGCAGAUUUUUGUGAAGACAUUGACUGGUAAAACGAUCACUUUGGAAGUCGAACCGAGUGACACCAUUGAGAAUGUGAAGGCUAAGAUCCAAGAUAAAGAAGGAAUUCCACCCGAUCAACAGCGUCUGAUCUUUGCUGGGAAGCAGCUGGAAGAUGGUCGUACAUUGUCUGAUUACAAUAUCCAGAAAGAGUCCACUCUUCACUUGGUGUUACGUCUUCGUGGUGGUAUGCAGAUUUUUGUGAAGACAUUGACUGGUAAAACGAUCACUUUGGAAGUCGAACCGAGUGAUACCAUUGAGAAUGUGAAGGCUAAGAUCCAAGAUAAAGAAGGAAUUCCACCCGAUCAACAGCGUCUGAUCUUUGCUGGGAAGCAGCUGGAAGAUGGUCGUACAUUGUCUGAUUACAAUAUCCAGAAAGAGUCCACUCUUCACUUGGUGUUACGUCUUCGUGGUGGUAUGCAGAUUUUUGUGAAGACAUUGACUGGUAAAACGAUCACUUUGGAAGUCGAACCGAGUGACACCAUUGAGAAUGUGAAGGCUAAGAUCCAAGAUAAAGAAGGAAUUCCACCCGAUCAACAGCGUCUGAUCUUUGCUGGGAAGCAGCUGGAAGAUGGUCGUACAUUGUCUGAUUACAAUAUCCAGAAAGAGUCCACUCUUCACUUGGUGUUACGUCUUCGUGGUGGUAUGCAGAUUUUUGUGAAGACAUUGACUGGUAAAACGAUCACUUUGGAAGUCGAACCGAGUGACACCAUUGAGAAUGUGAAGGCUAAGAUCCAAGAUAAAGAAGGAAUUCCACCCGAUCAACAGCGUCUGAUCUUUGCUGGGAAGCAGCUGGAAGAUGGUCGUACAUUGUCUGAUUACAAUAUCCAGAAAGAGUCCACUCUUCACUUGGUGUUACGUCUUCGUGGUGGUAUGCAGAUUUUUGUGAAGACAUUGACUGGUAAAACGAUCACUUUGGAAGUCGAACCGAGUGACACCAUUGAGAAUGUGAAGGCUAAGAUCCAAGAUAAAGAAGGAAUUCCACCCGAUCAACAGCGUCUGAUCUUUGCUGGGAAGCAGCUGGAAGAUGGUCGUACAUUGUCUGAUUACAAUAUCCAGAAAGAGUCCACUCUUCACUUGGUGUUACGUCUUCGUGGUGGUAUGCAGAUUUUUGUGAAGACAUUGACUGGUAAAACGAUCACUUUGGAAGUCGAACCGAGUGACACCAUUGAGAAUGUGAAGGCUAAGAUCCAAGAUAAAGAAGGAAUUCCACCCGAUCAACAGCGUCUGAUCUUUGCUGGGAAGCAGCUGGAAGAUGGUCGUACAUUGUCUGAUUACAAUAUCCAGAAAGAGUCCACUCUUCACUUGGUGUUACGUCUUCGUGGUGGUAUGCAGAUUUUUGUGAAGACAUUGACUGGUAAAACGAUCACUUUGGAAGUCGAACCGAGUGACACCAUUGAGAAUGUGAAGGCUAAGAUCCAAGAUAAAGAAGGAAUUCCACCCGAUCAACAGCGUCUGAUCUUUGCUGGGAAGCAGCUGGAAGAUGGUCGUACAUUGUCUGAUUACAAUAUCCAGAAAGAGUCCACUCUUCACUUGGUGUUACGUCUUCGUGGUGGUAUGCAGAUUUUUGUGAAGACAUUGACUGGUAAAACGAUCACUUUGGAAGUCGAACCGAGUGAUACCAUUGAGAAUGUGAAGGCUAAGAUCCAAGAUAAAGAAGGAAUUCCACCCGAUCAACAGCGUCUGAUCUUUGCUGGGAAGCAGCUGGAAGAUGGUCGUACAUUGUCUGAUUACAAUAUCCAGAAAGAGUCCACUCUUCACUUGGUGUUACGUCUUCGUGGAGGUUAAUUUUAUUUCAGUUCAUUUACCUUAAUAAACUUAAUUUAGUUCUUU